AUGAAGAGGGAAGAGUUGGCGAAUUCAAAGAUUGCGGUAUGUUUGGUGGGAGGAGCGAGACAGUUCGAGCUAACCGGACCUUCGAUUAUAGAGAAGAUCCUCAAGGUUUAUCCUAAUGCGGAUUUGUUUAUUAAUAGUCCUCUCGAUCAAAACUCGUUCAAGCUUUGGUUGCUUAAGGACGCACCAAGGCUCGCAUGGAUUCGUAUCUUCGAACCUAAGCCGAUCGCCGAGACUGCACCCGUGGUUCGAGUCCUUACGCCUAUGCAUUCGCCAAAUGGCAUGCAGGUAUAUUAUUAUUUCAACUCUUUCUAA